AUGAAAAGGAGGAGCUUGGCUGAUAUCUGGCUGCUGCUGCAAUUUGCAGGCUUGAGCUGGGCCAGCUUUUCGGAGCUAAACAAUUCGGAUCCCAAGUUCAGCGGUCCCAUCAACAACUCAACAGUUCCCGUGGGACGCGAUGCCCUGCUCACGUGUAUCGUGCACGACCUGGUUAGCUUCAAGGUGGCCUGGUUGCGCGUAGAUACACAGACCAUUCUGAGCAUCCAGAACCAUGUCAUCACCAAGAACCAUCGCAUUGCCAUCUCGCACACGGAGCAUCGCAUCUGGCAGCUAAGGAUACGCGAUGUCCAGGAGUCAGAUCGUGGAUGGUACAUGUGCCAAAUCAACACCGAUCCCAUGAAGAGUCAGAUGGGUUAUCUAGACGUUGUGGUGCCACCGGAUAUUGUUGAUUACCAGACUAGUCAGGAUGUGGUUCGUGCCACGGGUCAGAAUGUGACGCUCACCUGCAGUGCAACGGGGGUUCCCCUGCCCACAAUUACCUGGCGUCGCGAGGAGUCCACACCGCUCCUACUUUCCGAGGACUCCGCCCAACAGGAAGUGUACAGCGUGGAGGGGCAGAAUCUCAGCUUGUGGCAGGUGCAGAGGUCUCAUAUGGGGGCCUAUCUUUGCAUUGCCUCCAAUGGAGUGCCUCCCACAGUCAGCAAGCGCGUAAUGCUGGUGGUGAACUUUGCUCCCACCAUCUGGACUCGUUAUGAUACCAUCUACGUGGGCCUGGGCCAGAAGCUAACGCUGGAAUGCAUCACCGAAUCCCAGCCGGCAUCUGUAAACUUCUGGCUAAAGGACUCUGAACUGCUGCCAGGAGGUAGCUAUGAAUCCGUUACAGUGGAUCAUGUCCAUCGCAUUGUAAUGCGGAUCACCCUGCGUCCCAUAACGAAGCGGGAUUUUGGAGAGUACAAAUGCAGGGCCAAGAAUGCAAUGGGCCAGACAGAUCGGAUUAUCACAGUGCAUCAUAAAGCCAAGAAGCAUGGUCAGCACUCGCAUCAGACCUCCUCCCUCGAGAGUCAGUUCAUUGUCAUAGAAGAAUACAUAGCGAAUGCGGCUGUUAUGAACUGUAUAUUCCGAACUCUUUGGCUUCCAUUUCUGUAUUUCCUCAAUAAAAUUGCCAGCUUGUGAGCCAGCGCAGUUAAAACAAUUGGUGCU